UUAGCCGGGUAAGCAUUUCCAAUAUCCAAAUCCCCUCCAAUAUCCAAAUCCCCUAAAUUUUUUUUUUUCUUCUUUACAUUCCUAAUUACUCAGGUUUCCCCACGAAAAUUCAAUGAUUAAUUGUAGGAAAUUAAACCCUAGAACUCUCUAUUCACUCACCAGAAACCCUACUUCUAGCUGUACCUCUUCAUUUCACUCUUUCAAUUCAAUAACCCCUAAUUUGUACACGAUUGAACUGUAUUCAUGUUGCAAAAGCUUCAGUUUUUUGAGCUCUAUAAUGGGUUUCAGUACAAUUUCCCAAAAGCUUUCUAUACCAAAAGACCCUAAUUUUGUCGACCUUAGUUUUAGAAGAAAUUACUGUUCUGGAAAGAACAGUGAUGGUGGGUCUGGUGAUUGGACUGAGGAAAUAGAGUAUUUAGAUGAAUCAGGGAGUGUUAUUUACAGUGGGAAAGGUGUGAGGUCAGUUGAGCCUGGUGUUGAUGACCAUGUGAUGGUGGGUGGGAUAAAGAAACCAUUUUUGAAUGCCUCAGCGGUUGCUAAGAUUGUUGAGGUUGUGAAGAGGUGGAAAUGGGGACCUGAGUUGGAGACCCAGUUAGAUAAACUCCAAUUUGUACCAACUAUGACUCACAUUACUCAAGCCUUGAAGGUUGUUAAGGAUAGUGAUGCUUGUUUGAGUUUGUUUAGAUGGGCUAGGAGGCAGUCAUGGUAUCUGCCAAAUGAUGAGUGUUAUGCGAUGCUGUUUGAUGGGUUAAACCAAAAUAGAGAUUUUGAUGGAAUCCAAUUGUUGUUUGAUGAAAUGGUUGGUGAUUCUAGUAAUAAUGGGAUUUCAUCAUUUACUGCGUAUAAUCGGGUUAUUCAGUAUUUGGCUAAAGCUGAGAAAUUGGAGGUGUCAUUUUGUUGUUUUAAGAAGGUUCAGGAUUCAGGUUGUAAAAUUGAUGUCCAAACAUAUAACUCUCUUAUUACAUUGUUUUUGAAUAAGGGUUUGCCUUAUAAGGCAUUUGAGAUAUAUGGAAGCAUGGAAGCAGCAGGGUGUUUGUUGGAUGGGUCAACUUAUGAGUUGAUGAUACCAAGUUUGGCGAAAUCAGGCCGUCUUGAUGCUGCUUUUAAGCUCUUCCAAGAGAUGAAAGAGAGGAAUUUUCGGCCUGGCUUCAAUGUCUUCUCGUCGCUUGUUGAUUCAAUGGGCAAAGCUGGGAGAUUGGACACCUCAAUGAAGGUGUACAUGGAAAUGCAGGGUUAUGGGCUCCGAUCAUCUGCUACAAUGUAUGUUUCUUUGAUUGAGUCAUAUGUGAAGGCCGGGAAGUUAGAUACUGCUCUUAGGCUUUGGGAUGAGAUGAAGAAAACAGGGUUUAGGCCUAACUUUGGGUUGUACACAUUGAUUGUUGAGUCGCACGCAAAAUCAGGGAAGCUUGAUAUUGCGAUGUCUGCCUUUAAAGAUAUGGAGAAGGCUGGAUUUUUACCAACCCCAUCUACAUAUUCUUGUCUCUUGGAAAUGCAUUCAGCCACUGGACAAGUAGAUUCUGCCAUGAAGCUCUAUAACUCGAUGACGAAUGCAGGUAUGAGACCAGGUUUAAGUACUUAUACUGCCCUAUUGACGCUUUUGGCUAACAAGAAGCUUGUGGAUGUGGCUGCCAAAAUUUUACUUGAAAUGAAGGCCAUGGGGUAUUCUGUUGAUGUGAGUGCUAGUGAUGUUUUGAUGGUGUAUAUCAAGGAUGGUUCUGUUGAUCUUGCUUUGAGAUGGUUACGUUUCAUGGGCUCAUCAGGUAUUAGAACAAAUAAUUUUAUAAUCAGACAGUUGUUUGAAUCAUGUAUGAAGAAUGGUUUGUAUGAGUCAGCCAAACCUCUCCUUGAAACAUUCGUGAGCUCUGCUGCAAAAGUUGAUCUCAUACUAUACACAUCAAUUCUAGCGCAUCUUGUCAGAUGCCAGGAGGAGGAGAAUGAGAAGCAUUUGAUGUCUAUUCUUAGUGCUACCAAACAUAGGGCACACCCUUUCAUGUGUGGACUCUUCACAGGCCCAGAGCAGAGGAAGCAACCAGUUUUGUCUUUUGUGAGGGAAUUCUUUCAGAGCAUUGAUUAUGAGUUGGAAGAGGGGGCUGCAAGAUACUUUGUCAAUGUUCUUCUCAACUAUCUUGUUCUUAUGGGGCAGAUAAACCGAGCUCGAUGUGUUUGGAAGGUUGCCUAUGAGAAUAAGCUUUUCCCAAAGGCAAUAGUCUUUGAUCAACAUAUUGCUUGGUCCCUUGAUGUUAGAAACUUGUCGGUGGGAGCUGCUCUUGUAGCAGUUGCACACACCCUCCAUAGAUUCAGAAAGCGCAUGUUGUAUUAUGGUGCUGUCCCAAGACGCAUUAAAUUGGUUACAGGACCUACCUUGAAGAUUGUGGUCGCACAAAUGUUGAGUUCAGUAGAAUCUCCUUUUGAGGUCAGUAAGGUGGUUCUAAGAGCCCCUGGAGAUUCUGUCAUGGAGUGGUUUAAGAAACCAAUUGUUCAAAAAUUUCUUCUAAAUGAGAUUCCAUCAAGGUCUGAUAUCCUCCUGCACAAGCUGAACACACUUUUUCCCAGUUCAGCACCUGAAAUUAGAUCUAUGUCUCCUCCCAAGCCUCUAAUUGCAAGGAGGGCAAUGUAAACAUAUCUGAUAUCAGCUCUUCUUCUUUGUAAUUAAUUUCCUUCUUUGUUCUUUUGCUUUUCUCUUUUUUGUAACCUUUGAUUUCCUUUGUGCCUUUUUUGCAUAAAGCAGCUUUUUGAAUAUACAUCUUUCUUACUUAUAAAAAAAAACACAUCUGAUGUCAGUUAUAGGCCUUGUAUUUGUGAAAUGGAACUGUAAGUUAUUAUAUCUUA